AUGGACCAUAACAAGGACCCAGGGUUUUCCCUGGCCAGCUCCACCAUCUCUCUCUCUCUCUCUCUUUCUCUCUCUCUGUCUCUCUCUCUGUCUCUCUGUCUCUCUUCCACAGAAUCCGGACAAUCAGACAGCUCAAACCAGCAAGGAGACACAGACAUCAAGCCACCGCCCAAUGGGCAUUUGAGUUUCCAGGACUGCUUUGUGACUUCAGGGGUGUGGAACGUGGCUGAGCUGGUCCGAGUGUCACAGACUCCAGUGGCCACAGCGUCCGGCCCCAACUUCUCCCUGGCCGACCUGGAGAGUCCUGGCUACUACAAUAUCAACCAGGUGGCCCUGGGACGCCGCUCCAUCACUUCCACCCCCUCCACCAGGACUGAAAUGGAGCUUUAUGCAAGUCUCCCACGGAGCUCCAACAAGCGCAAGUCCAUUGACGACAGUGAGAUGGAGAGCCCGGUGGACGAUGUCUUCUACUCGGGCCGCUCCCCUGCGGCCGGCAGCAGCUCCCAGUCCAGUGGCUGGCCCAACGAUGUGGACGCAGUGCAGCACCAUUUGGCCAGUGUGCAAGAGAGGAAGAUAAAGCAUGAAAACGAUGGCGUGCAGUUUCCUUACCAUGGACUCUCCUCGCCUGGUUCUCUUAAGAAGCCGGGGAAAUUCGAUUUCAGCGCCCUGUCGCAGCAGACGAGGUCGCCUCGCAUGGUGUUCACCCACCACCCGCUGCCAAUGCUGGCGGGAGUGAGACCAGGGAGCCCCCGUGCCUCAGCCUCUGCCCUGCACUUCCCCUCCCCCUCCAUCAUCCAGCAGUCCAGCCCGUACUUCCCCCACCCCACCAUUCGCUACCACCACCAUCCUGGACAGGACCCCCUGAAGGAAUUUGUGCAGUUUGUCUGCGCUGAUGGUUCGGGACAGUCUGGCGGCCAGCCAAACGGGAGCGGCCAGAGCAAAAUGCCGGGCUCCUUCUUGCUGCCUCCACCUCCCCCAGUGGCCCGCCCAGUGCCCCUCCCCAUGUCCGACUCUAAAUCCAGCAGCACGCCUCCCGACGGCGGACUGACCUCGCCCACAUCUCCGUCUUACUCCACGUCAGGGGCCCCAGCUCCCAACAGGUUUGUCAGCAUCGGAUCACGGGACAACAACUUUCUGAACAUCCCGCAGCAGACACAGUCUUGGUUCCUCUGACAUGACCUGUCUGCAAACCAGCGACUAGAAUCUUUCUUUACAAUUGGGAAUUGAAACAUGGAAAACAGAAAAAUAACCCACAGGAAAUUGCCCAACGAUCCUUAUGUCUCACAUAAAAAGUAAAGCAACCCAGGAAAUCUUAGCAUGAUACUAGUAGUGAAACUCUGGACCCAAUUACCUAAACAGACGGAACCCCCCAUUUUUAAGACGGGAGGAUCAUAGGAUUUGGGAGAGGCAGAGGACAAGAAGUCAUCUCUCACAUCCAGCAAAACACGGCAACACAAAAAGAGGAACCUGAAGAGAAAAAAGGUCACAUUCUACUUCGGAACAAGGACACAUUGUGCAAUGGCUGAGAAAAGCAACUAUUCAACAGUCAAAAAAACUGAUGUAGGAGUGGGGAUUGAAAUUGAAGGGACAUCAAAUCACUCUCUUGAAGGCACAAAACAUGCCAUCAUUUAAAUGCUCCCCACUGUCAAAUCACCCACAAAACAAACCCAUUAGGUUCCAGUGAAAUACGUAGCAGUCCAUGCUACUGUGAUGGCUCCCUGUCACUCAACACACUGUCAAUUCACCAAUAUUUCCCAGUCUUAUAACCAUUGACCUAAUCAGCCCCACUACUAACAAGACAGAAACCAUGCCAAAACAUUUCCUAAAGGUUGCACUACAAGCUGAAUUAACAAUAAUCUCAUGUCCACUAUUACACCUACAUGGCAUGGGGGGAAAACAGGCUUACCUAUGAUUGUAUUAUUAUUAUUAUUUUUAGUGAAAGAGAAAAAAAUGGAUAUGAGAAGUCUCAGCCCACAGUUCAGCAACACAAGGCCUCCACUCUAACCAGCAUCCGAGCAGAAGAACCCAAACCCAAGUAAAGCAAAAUGCCCAGUUCACUCUUGCAAAACUACAAUCGUGACAAUAAUCAAGUGCUAAGUAUAUCCACUUUCAUUUGAAUGAUGAAUGCCAUUUGUAACACACACACACAUAUAUAUAUAUAUACACAAACACACACUGGGCCCAAGUGGUGUUAUUACGUCUGACACAUGCUAUUCACACGUUUCCAGUACACUCUUUUUGCCCCUUGUAGUAGACAACACACAUACUUAGUUAAAAACACAGGCCUCUGCUUUAACAUCCAGAACUACACAACUACAGUAGUAAUAUUCCCUUUUGCACAGAAUUGUUUUAUUUUUUGUUUCUUCUCUUAUUGGACUUGUCCCUCUGAAUUUGUCCGCUUUA